UUAUCUCGUUAUCACGAGAAAACGGUAAUCGUUUUCUCGAGAUAACGAGAUAAUUGGUGUGCGUUAAACCUGAUUCCAUUCUCCAAAUGCCUGUUACACCAGCGGGAGAGUACGGGAGGACUUAGAAGUAUCACCAUGGACCAGUUUCUCUCAACUUUAAGGGAAAGAGGUGUUCCUGAGAAGAACCUAACAAAAAUGGCAGAGGACAAGGUAGAUCAAGAUGUUGUAAGGCUCCUUGAUGAAGAGGAACUCUCAGUUUAUAUUCCUCAAUAUGGUGACCGUGUUUUUGCCAAAAACUGGAGGAAUUCAUCCUCAGCUGAAGCAGAGGACACAGAGCAGAGGAAAAGAAAGUUAAUAAACCGCCUGAGAGAGAAAAUGAAACUUUCAUCUACAGCUUCAUCCGCAGGUACUAGGAAUAGCCAGUCAAGACCUAGACUUGGAAAUAAGAAUGCUGAGAGACAGACAAGAAAAAUAGAACUUGGCUGGCUGAACUACCAAGACAGUGUGUACAAACAAGUAAGAAGGCCUACUGGAGGUGGAACAAGAGAGAUGAUUGUCAGGAAAGAUGACUUGGUAUCCAGCCUUCUUGAGAAGGGUAAAAAGCUAUUUUUUCCCAAUGGGAACUCAAAGAAAGGCAAACUAGAGGACUUUGAGUUCAUGCUUUCUCUCAUGGGUUCUGAGGAGCCCCUUGAGGGCAAUGUAACAAUUGGAAGGUUGUAUGAGCAAACGAACCAUAAGGUCCUCAGGAUUUACUUUUGUACAAAAGCAAAAGACUGUAGUGAUUCUGAGCCAGGCAACAUUACAGAUGAGCCCCUUUGGCCUCACACAUCCAGCCAUGCUGAGGCAUCCUCAUCCAGCUCAUUAGUGUGUGCAUCCAGUCCCAUGACAGAGCCCUGCAGCAAUUCAGAAAAUGCAUCAAACCCCCAAACACCAGUCCUGCCACAGUCAUUGCAGCUGUUGAUUGGUGAUGAUGAUGAGGAUGAUGAUGAUGAUGAUGAUGAUGAAAUUGUCUUUCUAAUGUCAGAUACAAACUUACCUUCAGAUGACCUUGCAGACAGACUGGUGUACUCACCCCAACAAGUAAGUAAUGAUCAAUCAUCAACUGUGGUGACUACUGAAGGUUCAGAUUCUCCUCAGCCAACAGUGACAGCAGUUAUGGCUGAAAAUGAAGAUAUUGAUCCCAUGAUAGAUUUUGAACAGGUAUCCUCCACCCAAGCAGCAAGGGUUUUCUUUGAAAAUCCAGAAAAUAUUGCUGAAAAGCAAACUAUUGUGAUCCGGCAAGUACACUGUGUUAUGGAUAUGGUUGAAGCAUUUGCUAACGAGAACAUCCUGGAUGCUAAUAUUUCAUUCAGACGUGUGCUUGAAAAUGGAGAGGUUGAGGCUGGAGUGGGAAGUGGGAUCAUCAGAGAUAUUCUCACUAAUUUCUGGAAUUUAUUUUAUGCAACAAAAACAUGUGGAACUACCUACAAGAUCCCUGCUCUGCAUCACAGUUUUCAAGAAAGAGAGUGGGCUGCUGUUGCUCGGGUCUUGGCUUUUGGAUGGCAUAAAUUUCAGUACCUCCCUGUCCAGCUUGCCCCUCCAUUUCUAACACAGGCUCUGUCACUCAGCACUUCAGAAAACAAUCUAGUGCAGGCUUUCUUUAAUUUCAUCAGCCCCACUGAGAAGGACGUGCUAACUGAAGCUCUUGACAACUUCACAAUGGCUAAUGAAGAAGAACUUUUCAGCAUACUCAGCAGUCACAACUGCACUUUGCUCCCAACUGAAGGGAAUCUGUCAAAACUAGUGGAAGAAAUAGCUUACAAAGAGAUGGUGCAAGAACCAGCAUUCAUCAUCAAGUGUUGGCAGCCAAUUCUUAGGUCUGUUGGAGAAUCAUUGAGUUGUGAUGGAUUGAAGAAGAUUUUGGAUGAUCUGAAACCCAGAGCAAGAAAUAUCACCAAGUGUAUUCAGUUCCCUGGAUGCAUGUCAGAUGCCGAAACAAUCACCUCCAAUCAACUCUUGAGAUUCGUAAGAGAAAGAGAUGAGAAGGAGCUUGGCCUUUUCCUCAGAUACUGUACAGGGUCUGACUUGUUCCUGGGUCAAACCAUAAAGGUCACAGUUUCGGACAUGUCUGAGUUUACAAGGUGCCCUGUGGCGCAUACCUGUAGUUGUUUAUUGGAACUACCAUGUAACUACAGCAACUAUACUGAAUUCAAAUCAGAAUUUUGCUCAGUAUUACAGAGUGGAGUUUGGGUGAUGGACAUGUCCUAAAUGAAUAGUUUGGUUUAACCUCAGACAGAGGAAGAAAAGAUUUCAGUGUUGUUCUGUUAUAUUCAGAGGGAGAAACAUUUGUUUUAUUUCUGUUUAAAUCAAAACUUUUGUGAUAGUGAAGGUUUUAUGUUUUAAAAAAAAAUCAAACAUUGAGCUGUGGUUUUCCAAGCUAACCAUUUUAUUCAGCAUUCUCAAAAGAAACAACAGACUGUAUCCCUAAAGUAGUUGUGUGACAAAACUUUCUAUUUUUUGGUCAUGUUUUUUGUUUAAGUUUUCUUUUGUUAGUGUUUUAUUGCUUAUUGUUCCUACACAAGCUUAAUGAAUAAUUUCAAGUAUGUACAAUGGUAUUCAAGAAAGUAAGAAUGAACAUUAGCAGUAUAAAUCUUCUGUUUAGUUGAAAAGUUUAAUACUUCUUCUCCAGCCAUAUAUAAGCUUCUUAAGAUAUGUAUUUAAUUUCUAUGCCAAUUUCAGUAACUGCACUUGUUUAUCAGAUGUUUGGCGUCAUGUUCUACACAGUGAGUUCCAAGGCUUAGACAU